UGGGUUUAUUGAUUAAAUAUAACUGUUGUUGAUUAAUAAUGGUUGUUUUGUUUCAUAUCUCUUGGCCUUUAUGGCACACCAAGUCUGCAACCUGCUUCCUGCACUUGGAGCAUGGAUGCAUGCGUUGUGCUUGCAUUUACAUCACCUGUGCCUCAUUUUAAUACUCUGUUGCCUUGUGUGACAGCCGAAUAUGUGUAGAGAUUAAAUUGGGAUGUCAGCAUCUAGAGGAAUUUGAAUGCACUAUUUUAGUCGAUGCGGUCAGCUUGGAGUAUAUAUCUAUCACAUGCUGCAGAAUCCAGCUAGUCCUUAUAUAGACUAAGGUUUCGGGUUUUAAUAAUGCACAAUUGAGUAGUUAAUUAACUGCUAGACAAAGGACUGGUAUGCGCAAUUGGUAUGCUUUUGCCACAUUUCAUAUUCACAAGUAGUGGAAACACACAUGCACGUAUUUUUUCCGAAAAGGACGAUAACACUCUGAGCCUCUGCACGAAGAGAUACGCACAUCCAUGUAUUAUCUGAUUAUUUCAGAAUGUCAAUGCAAAUACAUGCAUGUAUAUAUGCUACUUGGUUGAUUUUAACAGCAGAUGCUCUUUAACUUCGCAUCGCUUGGUUUGAUAUGAAUUAAUGUUUUUUGCUUAAAAAUAUGAGCACUGUAAAUUUAGUUAUGUGUGUGUGGUUGAUCUUAUUGGCCUGUGGCAUAUAAUGCCAUCAGCCCAUCAUUAGAAACCACAUGAGUAUAUCUUGACAUAAAUUGAAAGUAGAACUUUUAUAAUUUGAUCACUAUCUUGAACACAUCAAAGUGCCCUUUGAGUCUCUAGCCAAGUUACUUAACCAUGCAUGCAUUAUGAGUUUUUUUUUUGUUUGAGAACCAUGCAUUAUGAGCUAGUACAUAGGGACGCACAGCCUUUCCAGCCUCUCUAUCAUAUCAGUUCCUUUUGUCGGCUGAAAUGAUGAAAAUCUCCAUCAUAUACACUUUACCGGGUCACCCCUCAGUCCAUGCCCCAUCGAUCAGCAUCUCUUUCGCUAACGUCUAUCAUGACCUCUCUCCUUCCUUACGGAGAGCAAGCAAGCAUAGCUAGCUGUAGGAGGCAGUUGUGCUUGUCUCCUGCACUGCCACUGUACCAUGUGCUCCUGAUUUUCACACUCCCAAGCAUGCACGCAUGCAUGCAUGCAGCACACUUCCAACCUUCUCCGUCAUCUCUCUCCCCUUAUGAGUUGCAUGCUCCUUGUGAGUCAUGAUGCACGGGGAGACAUUUCCCCUCCUACUCUGAUAAUUCGCACCGAAAUAAAUGUUCUGGGUGGUUUUUUCUGCGUGAGUGAUCAGAGCAUGCAGCUGCGGUUGCGUUUGUGGUUGAUCAGAUCAGAUGAUUCAGAUCCAUAUCAAUUGCCCCUCUGCCUCUGGUGGCCGGCCCUAUCAGGGGGUUGCGCCAAUGUCUGUUGGAAUCUCGCAAGCAACAGGUAGAAGAAGACAAGGGCAACUCCAUUGGCCUUGACCAGGGGGAAAGCCUGCCCUGCCAUUUGCUGAAAUAGUGGCGAGCAUGGACAAGCCACUUGGCAGCGCGUACACUAGCGGAGCUAGCCAGACUGAUCGAUGUGUGGUGUGGUGGCCAUUUUGUUAGGAAACAUCCAUGCACGUCUCUCCAACUCUCCUCUCCUUGCUACGUACUACCUUCGUAAACUAAUAUAAGAGCGUUUAGAAUACUAAAGUAGUAAUCUAAACACUCUUAUAUUAGUUUACAGAGGGAGUACAUGGUCAUAUCUCAUGCACAGCUACCUAGAUCCUCCAACUUCAAGACUUGGAUUUUAUUUUUUUUCUCCAUAACAGCCGUGGCAGAAUAAUAUACGUAUGACAUGAUCCCCCUCCACCCAAGAAUCCGCGGACAUGUACGAACUCUGAACCAUCAUUUGUCCGUGCAUGGAGCUUUGUCUCCCCAAAUUAUUCGGACUACAGAUGUUAUAUGAUUGAUGGGGAUGGAGCGAGAGAGAAAAAAAGAAAAAAAAGGUGCUCCGGAGCGAGGGCCAAGUCCGACGUGGUGUGCAUUCCAGACACGUCCCGAUCCCCCAUUUGCCCCGAAAUAUGAGCUGAAUUCGGGUGUUUUUGCAAACAGCUCGGACACAUAGGAUGAUUUGGAGGUCCGGCUGUGUGUUGUUUUUUCUCUCUCUCCUCUUGGGACAAUAUCUAAGGGCGAGUUUAGUUGCCUGCAUCGAAUCCAAUCAGGCCUGUGCGGUGCAGCAUCUUUUUAAACCUUGGUUAUUUGAUUUCUUGCAUAUACUGUUAAGCCUGCAUAGCACGAUUCUUAAAGCCCUUGAGCCUGGCCGGUUUGAAACAGCCGAAUCGGCGGUUCUUGAGAGCCAGGCCCGAGCGAUGCUUCGAAGCGUACGCGGUGGCUCUCUGGAAACCUGUCUGCAAUUAAUCCCCCGUCCCUAAUCCUAUCAAUCCCCUCUCUCUCUCCUUCUGCUCCAGUCGAUCCCGUCGGCCGCAGCGCCGCCCUCGUCCGCGGAGUCAGCGACGCUGUUGAUCAAGAAGUGCCUUCUUCCAGCGGUGGGGCCGGCCACUUCUCCGCCGGUGUCCCCAGGCUUCCCACGGGCCCAGGCUCGCCGCCUCGGGCGCGACUGUGGUGCCCCGACUCUAGAGGCCAAGAAACGCGGCGACGAAGCCCCCCGCCCUUCUGCUCGUGGCGAGCACCAGCGGUUCCUGCCUACAACCGCGAGCCCCGGGCUCGCUCCCUCCGCCUUCCACGCGCUCCAAGGUGGCGCCGACCGUGGCGCUCCGGUCCAAGAAGCCGGCGACUUUGUCGCGCUCCAGGACGCCGCCGACCGUGGCGCUCCGGUCCAAGAAGCCGGCGACUUCGCCGCGCUCCAAGACACCGCCGACCGCAGCACUCCGGUCCAAGAAGCCGGUGCCUUAGUCGCGCUCCAGGAUGCCGCAGACCGUCGCGCUCCGGUCCAAGAAGCCGGCGCCUUAGUCACGCUCCAGGACGCCGCCGACCGUGCCGCUCCGAUGCAACAAGGUGACGCCUUCGUCGCUCUCCAGGACGCCGCCGACCGUGCCGCUCCGAUGCAAAAGGUGACGCCUUCGUCGCUCUCCAGAAUGCUGCUCGUGGCCCUGUUGGUCUUGUCCGAGGCCCCAGCGAGCCCCCCGGCAACGCCCACGAGACCAACCAGACGAGCGCCAGGAGCCGCGCCGGGUAGCGUCGCCUCGGCGAGCCUCGACCUAGUGAGCCGCACCGUGUCCGGGAGCCCCGGCACAAGGAACGGCUCCGUGGGCGACGCGAGGAGCAGCGAGGCCCGCGACCAUCGUCGUCUGCGAUGCCUGCAGCAACUCCAUCAAGCGCGACUGGACUCAUCGCCUCGCUGGUCAAGGAGGACGGCCAUGUCUACUCGCUGGCGGCGACCGGGGAUGUUCUUUACAUCGGAACCUGGCGGUGUUGGCGUGCGUGAGGGCGAGCUCGAGGAGCAGCGAGGCGCCGGGGAAUCGGGCGCGGCCACGGUGCCGCGCAUGGAGGAGUCCAGGUGCCGGGCGCGUCCAUGGUCACCGGGACCUGGCGGUGGGCAUGAUGGCAGAGGAAGCUCCAGCGCACUCAACGUGUUUGACGAAAUGAGAAGCCAAACCUGGUGGCUGAGGUCAGAGUCACCAGCUGGAGAGCAGGGCCAUCACGAUGCUUGGGGGACACAAGCGGCAGCGGCAGCGGCAGCAGCAACAACAACAAUGGUGCCGCCUUACCUGACGACCUCCGAACCUCAUGAUAAUGAACACAUGAUGCCGGAGAGCGGAAUGGCACGGCCAGCAGCCCCACGCCGUGGAAGGCCGUCACCGAACAACACCAGCAGCAGCGGCAGUGACGACGUCGACGAGACCGAGAGCUUCGGAUGGCUGGCGUUGACGCGGCGGCGCUACGAUGACGGCGGCGAUGGGGACUGUGCAGGCGACCGUGAGCUGCAAGGCGCGGCCAUGGUUAUGGAUCCGAGCCUGGAGAUGAGGCUGGGGAGGCAGGGGUGGGAGCAGAUGGAGCCCUCGGCGUCGGCCUCCAAAGAGCUAACCCCGAUCCUCAAGUGCUUGUGAAAUGAUUAUAAUAAGUACUCGUGGGAUUAAUAUGUUGUUGAUUAAUUAUUACUGUACUCAACAAAAGCAAGAGCAACCGUGUGACCUCAAAGCUAGCUAGCGAGCUAGUCCUCUGAUCGUUUUAACUGAGUUUUAACAGUUUUGCUAGAACUCAUCUAAAUGAGAUUUAAUUUGGUCUCA